CUAACCCAUCCAUCUGAGAUGGCAGAGGUGGAGGAGACACUGAAGCAUCCUCAGAGACAGAAGGGAGUGCAAGGAAUCAUUGUGGUGAACACAGUAGGCAUUCCCAUUAAGAGCACCAUAGGCAAUCCCACCACUACACAGUAUGCCAACCUCAUGCACAACUUCAUCUUGAAGGCACAGAUCAUCACACGUGAAGUUGACCCCCAGAAUGACCUCACCUUCCUUCAAAUCCGCUCCAAGAAAAAUGAAAUUAUGGUCACACCUGAUAAAGACUACUUCCUGAUUGUAAUUCAGAAUCCAACUAAAUAUGCCACUCUCUUCGCUCCAUGCGUCAUUUCUUAAGUUAAUGAUAAUAAUAGUGUUAAU